GUUGUCGUCAAAUUGGAAAGUUGGGAAACAAUAGAAAUCUAUUUUGCAGGAGAGAUCAUGAUGAAAAUGGGAACGACUGUCGACCAAAACGAUGCUGAACAUCUCGUAGAAGCAAACGCUUAUGACGAUCAUCUUCCCCCUUUGGUACGUGCACUAAAGGCUUCAGCGGAGAGAAAAAUAAUAGCUUUUCACUUUCCAGGGCAUAAAAGAGGGCAAGCUGCACCGUCACCUUUAGCUGAACUCAUCGGCACAAAGCCCUUUCUCCAUGAUGUUACUGAGCUGCCAGACCUGGACAAGUUUUACUCCCCAAAGGGUCAUCUUCUGGAAGCCAAAAGGUUGGCUGCAGAGCUAUUUGGAGCGGAAGAGACGUGGUUUCUGGUUGGGGGCACUAGUUGUGGUGUUCAGGCAGCCAUUAUGGCCACUUGCUCGCCCGGGGAUACUAUUAUCCUGGUGCGAAACGCUCAUAUUUCCGCCACUACAGGUGUGAUACUUUCUGGGGCUGUGCCAAAAUACAUAGUUCCGCAGUAUAAUUCCGAAUGGGAUAUUGCUGCCGGCAUCACACCCUUCCAGGUGAAAUCGACAAUUAGGGAAUCAAAAGCGAGUAGUCGGAAAGUGGGUGCAGUUUUCGUCACAUCCCCUACCUACAACGGGAUCUGUAGCAACCUGAACGAGAUUUCAAAAGUAUGCCAUUCUCAAGGAAUCCCUCUGAUCGUCGACGAGGCGCAUGGAGCUCACUUCAAAUUCCAUCCUGAAAUGCCUAAAACAGCACUGGAUCAAGGGGCCGACAUUUCCAUACAAUCUACUCACAAAGUUUUGUGCUCCUUUUCACAGACAUCGAUGCUUCAUAUUUCAGGCGAAAAUAUUGACAGAGAAAGACUCCACAAAUGCCUACAUGCCCUUCAGUCCACCAGCCCCAGUUGGCUCUUCUUGGCCUCAUUGGAUGCUGCCAGGCACCAACUAAGCACCGACUGCACUGCCUUCAAUGACGUAGUUAAUUUGGCUAAUGUAGCCAAAAUCUUGAUCCGUAAAAUUCCAGGGAUUUCUGUUCUUGAUCUUUCAGCAUUCCCCGGCUUCUCAAGCAUGGACCCUUUGCGUGUCACGAUUGGUGUCUGGCAGCUGGGCCUCUCGGGUUUCCAGGCGAAUGAAAUAUUGGACAAUGAUCUUGGGAUCAUCCCUGAACUCGUCAGCACAAACUCUGUGACUCUAGCGUUUAGCCAGGGAACAACUGGUGAGCAUGUUCAGAGACUCGUGUCUGGAUUGAAGCAUUUAUCGGAGAAAUUUUCAGCAGUAAAUUGUGGUAAUGCAAUUACUGGAAAAGCACGACCGUACGAUGUUCCUGUCAUGAGUUUGAAUCCUAGAGAGGCCUUCUUUGCUAGCAAGACGAGAAUAAAGUUUAAGGAUUGCAGUGGAGAAGUCUGUGGAGAGUCCCUUUGCCCUUACCCGCCAGGAAUUCCUGUUCUUGUACCUGGUGAAGUGAUUACUGAGAAAGCAUUGGAUUAUCUGCAGCAAAUAAAAAGCCAUGGUGGUUAUAUAGUUGGAGCUGCUGAUCCUCAACUUGACUACAUUGUUGUGUGCAAAACAAGCCACUAAUAAUGAGGCAAAAAUCAGGGUAUAUAUAUUGAGAAAGAUGCAACCCGCUCUGAUAUGGGAUAUAUGUAAGACAACUACAUAUGAAAAAAUAAUUAAUAACGUACAUUCUUGUAAGUAGAAAU